CUCCAUUUUGAGCUUGGAAGCAUUGACCAAGACAUUACCUUGGUUAGCACGUUUGGCGAAUCGAAAUGAAAUAUUAAAAGGAUUCAUUCAGGGAACACUUCCGACACUUUUGGUGCAAUCAUUCAAUUUCUUAUUACCAAAAACCAUGAGAUCUUUUUCUGGGCUUCAGGGAUUUCAUGCUCGCAGUGUGAUCGAACUCUCAACAUUCGCAAAGUACUAUUUUUUCUUACUGGUGAAUGUUUUGCUUAUAUUUUCCAUUGCGGGCACUAUUGCCAAGAUUUUUAAGGAAAUUGAAGAGAUUAUAAAAGAUCCGACGAAAAUCCCGUACUUGCUUGCAACAACUUUACCUCUGGUGUCGAACUUUUUUGUGAACCUUGUCAUUCUACAAGGGAUUGGCUUGUUUCCGGUUCAGUUAUUGCAAGGACCAGAAAUUUUUUCGGCAUGGUUCACGCGCACUUUCCUUGCACGAACACCUCGUGAAUACGCAGAAGCCAAUGCUCCACCGUUCCUAGAUUACGGACAAAGAUUACCACCCAUUAUAUUGGUUUUUGUUGUUAUCCUUGUAUAUUCCUCGAUCACUCCUCUAAUUCUUCUUUUUGGCACGAUCUAUUUCUUCUUCGGUUAUAUGACGCAUAAGUAUUUGUUAUUAUAUGUAUAUUUUCAUCCUUACGAAACUGCCGGACUUGCGUGGCCAAAGAUAUUCCACAGAAUCAUUGUUGGGCUGUACAUCUAUCAGAUCAUGAUGAUUGGAUAUAUGUCUUUGAGGAAAAGUUAUGUCAUGGCUGGUAGUCUGACUCCGAUCCCCAUUAUCACAGCUAUCUUUUAUUAUUAUGUAAACGAAGCAUAUAAUCGAAGUGCUGCCUUCAUCCCAUUGAAGACUCUAAGGGAAGAGGAAAAUAGAUCGGCAAGUAAGGUUGACGAUGUAAAUUUGGCACCUGUACCACCGACGCUGGUUGAAAAUGAAGAAACGUUGCAUCACAACCAAGUUUCACCGCCACAACGUAAGGAUUUUCAUUCGAGGAGGACAUUGGAUAAUGACAUUUAUCGUGCUACCCCAGAUUUUUACACUGACUAUAGUCAACCACCUAUAACUUUACACGAUGGUGUACUCGACACCGGAAUACGUAACUACGGUGCACCUGAACUUUACGGAGUACUUCCUUGGUUGUGGCUACCGGUUAAAGGAACAGAUUUAAAGAGAGCAAAACAUUUUAAGUUCUUCGGGCAAUUGUUGGGCAUGGAUAGUGGAAAUGCUCGUUCUGUUGAAGAAAGCGUACCACUGUUGGGUCCUAACUAUUCGACUGAGUCAAUAAUAGUUGGAGAUUCGGGAAAUCGACUUCGUAAUUCGCUUGAAAGUAUACAUUCUGAGAUUAAUGUGGCAAGCGGGUCAGGAGAAAACGAGCAAAUAAUAGGUAGUCCAUCAGGAGAAAGAAUCAUCACGGAAGUGCAAGAUGAACAAAGGCUUAGUAGUAUAGCCGAUAAGCUUGGAGAGUUUGCUGGUAAAAAUUUUGAUUAA